ACAGUAAGGGCCGUAUCUUUUUGAAGGACACAGUUUCUCUUUCUGAGUUGUUGGAAAGUUGAAUGUUGGUCGUUUUAAAACACGGACUGAAUCGUUCAGCAGUAAAACCCUGAGUUAAAGUUGAACUGAGGACAUCUGCAGGAAACAGCUGUUGAAGUGUCGUAAACAUGCCCCACCCCGCCGGGUUACCUCGUGAGAAGUACCUGCUGAGCACCGGCAUCGUGCGCGUGCUCGAUGAACGCUAUGGUAAAAUAAAGUAGCCUCCAAAAUACUUGUUCCUUUCUUCUCCUUUAUAGAAAUCAUUGGAGCUCCCAAGGCCAGGACCAGUUCUUCAAAUGCUUGUUACAAACUUGAGGAACCGGCCUCUGUGCAGCUCAGACACUGAGGUCUUGAGUCACUCCAUGUUGAGCCUUUACCACGACCUGGUCACCGGUUCAAAGGACUUCCCUAUGAUUCAGGCCGAAGUGUUCCUUCGUGUUAACUUGUUGACCACACCCUUUGGCGAGCUGGACGUGAGAGAGAACACCAGACCAAUGGAUGGACCAGAUGGUGUGAUGGUGCCUCCUGCAGGCUCCGGCUCUCCUCCUCCGAACAUGCAGACUCCAGUUCUUCCUGAGAGGACAGACCUUGGGACCCUGAUGGCCGACCGUGAUAACUGCGUCACUUUCACGAAGAUUGAUGACCGAACUAUCAGCAGAGUCAUCUCCACUGUGUUCGACGCUGAUGGCACUGAGCUGACCAACCGCUGGAGAGUAACCACCUACAGCCAGGAUGGACACCUUCUCAUGUCAGUCCUCUGUGGGUUUGUCAGAAAGUCUGCAAGGUAUGCGUACACUCCACAGACACGGAAGAAGAGGAAGAGGGAUUCAGAGGAAGAGAGCCAGUCUCCACCAAAGAAACACUUGAGACUGUGAUGAAGUGCUGAAGCUCUGAUCUAUCCAAUGUUGAUUCAGCAUCUGGCAGGUCCACCAUCAAGAUUACUGUGAAGACUGGGGGCUGGUCUUUGCGUCUGGCAGGACCAGCACCAAUCCAGUGGUCUUCUACUUUGGCACAUGUACCCACAAGAAGAACAUGUCUGACUGUGGGUUACAUAUUGUACAUAUGUAUAUAGUUUAUUCCAUCAUGGUGGAUGUACUCAGGUCAGUGUUUUUGGUGCGUCUUGCACCUUUCUUUCUUUCUUGGAGCUGGCCUGUGUGUCCAACAUGGUGGCAACUUUGAGGGAGGUUUUGAGGACUGUGACUCUUUUUUAAGAAAUUGGACUCAUCACAAAAUUCAGACUAAAGUUAAGGACAGAAAUAAAAGGAUAUAUGCAGCAACUAUUUAAAAAAAAUUACAAAACAAGACAGCCAAGAGGACUGUAGAUCCAGCAAAGAAAAUACAAGAGGAUGAAACAAAGAGGUCUAAAGAAGAAGCAGGAAAACACAGGAACAAGAGCUUUUGGUG